AUGAAUCCUUUGUUUAGAGUACCGAAAGUAUAUCUACCAAUUUGUAGAGCCUUAAUACGAUAUUCUAGUAAUGCAACCGCUCAACCAAAAAUUGCAAAGCUCAAAAUCACCUUGAACAAAGCUGCCGAAUCGAGUAGUGAGAAAACAGACACAUAUACAAUUGAUACAGAUAGUUGCCCUAUAGCACAGCGAAAUGGUAAGGCAGCAUCCUCUCAACCCCCGAAACCUUCUUUGCCUCCAUCGUUGCAAUAUGUACGUGACUUGAUGGAUUUGUAUAAAGGACAUGUGGUUCUAACACAGAUGGGGUCGUUUUAUGAACUAUACUUUGAGCAAGCGGUAAAAUAUGCACCAGAGUUAAAUAUAGCAUUGACAAAUAGAGCUUACACUCACGGUAAAGUUCCUUUUGCAGGAUUCCCUGUUCAUCAAUUAAGUCGACAUUUGAAAAUGCUUGUUAAUAAUUGUGGGUAUAGCGUAACAAUUGCCGACCAAUUUAAAAAGAAUGAUGUGGCAGAUAACGAAACCAACAAAUUUUAUAGAAGAGUGACCAGGAUAGUUACGCCAGGUACAUUUAUCGAUGAAGCGUUUGAGAAUUUAAGAGAAAAUACAUAUUUAUUGAAUAUUGAAUUUCCUGAGAAUUGCAUGAGCUCGGUGGCAGAUGCGAGCCUAAAAGUCGGUAUAUGCUGGUGUGACGUGAGCACUGGGGAAAUAUUCGUUCAGCAGGUAUAUCUGAAGGAUUUAGUUUCCGCCAUAACAAGAAUUCAGCCUAAAGAGAUUCUAUUGGAUGAAAAGUUGUUGGAGUUCCAUAUUGAGUCCGGGACUUGGUAUCCUGAGCUUGUUGAAUUUAAGAAGUUCUUUAUCAAAUAUCAAAAAAUGCCCAGCCAGCAUCGCACUAUAGAAUCGUUUUAUGGGCUGUUCAAUCUGGGUGAAAAAGAAGCAACAGAUAGACAACUGAGAAUCCAAUUUCAAACUUUCACCCAGAAGGAGUUGGCUGCUUUAAGAAACACUCUAAUUUACGUAAGCGACCAUCUACCCAAUUUCUCCAUUAAUUUUCAAAUUCCCCAGAGACAGUUGGCAACAGCCAUAAUGCAGAUUGACUCAAGAACCAGUACUGCUCUCGAGCUACAUUCGACUGUAAGAGACAACAAUAGGAAGGGCUCCCUGUUGUCAUCUAUCAGGAGAACUGUGACACCUUCUGGGACGAGAAUUUUAACCCAAUGGUUAAGCGGACCCUCCCUUGAUUUAAAAGAAAUCAAGAACCGCCAGAGAAUUGUGGGAUUUUUCAAAAGCAAUGUUGAUAUCACUGAAGACUUACGGUUGAUGUUAAAGAAAGUUCAUGAUCUCUCUCGUAUAUUGCAAAAAUUUAGUUUUGGAAGAGGUGAGGCACUAGAGCUCAUUCAAAUGGCACGCUCGCUACAGGUAUCACGAGAAAUACGGGAUUAUAUAUUAGAAAAUACGUCUUUGAUGAGAGUUACGUUGAAGAGCCAAAUAAUGCAGCUGAUUGAAACUUUGGACUUUGAAAAGAAAUUGAUUGAUGAUAUAUUGAAGUUUUUGAAUGAGGAGGAACUGGUUAAAUCGCAAGAUAUUAAGCAAAGUGAUGAUUUGAAUGUGAUCCUUGAGACGGACUUAAAGGGAAAGAAAGCGUGUAGAAAAGAUGAAGUUCCUGAAUUGACAGGAUUUAUUGUAAACCCUUCUUUCAACGCCAAACUUGGGAAACUGCAUGAUGCUUAUCAAAAAAUUGGGCAGAAAAAAGUAGAAUUAAACGCUUCGCUAAAGGAUCUGUUUAUUGGCAAACUAGGCGCCAAAACUUUUGCUUUGAAGGAAAGGCAGAAUGGCGAAUAUGCACUACAUGUGACAGGAACAGCUUCCAAUUUGAAAAAAAUCAAUGAAUUAACCAGUGAAAGCGAUUUUAAUGGAAGCAAGUUUCAUAUUUUACAGCAAUCUAGCCAGACUCGCUGGUUGAGUCACAAAUCCUGGACAGACUUGGGCCAUGAUUUAGAGCUACUGGCUUUAAAGAUCAGAAAUGAAGAGGCGAAUAUUAUUGAUUCAUUUAAAAGAAAAUUCAUCGAUAAAAGCAACGAAGUUAGACAAGUUGCGACUACUCUAGGUUACCUGGAUACGUUAUCGUCAUUUGCUAUUUUAGCUAAUGAAAAAAAUUUGGUUUGUCCUAAGGUGGACGAAAGUGAUAAACUGGAAGUAGUGAGUGGAAGACAUUUAAUGGUUGAAGAAGGGCUUUCCACGCGUUCUUUAGAAACUUUCACAGCCAAUGAUUGUGAGUUGGCAAAGGACAACUUAUGGGUAAUUACUGGACCGAACAUGGGUGGUAAAUCUACAUUCUUGAGGCAAAAUGCGAUCAUAGUAAUUUUGGCACAAAUUGGAUGCUUUGUUCCAUGCAGUAAGGCACAUGUUGGUAUUGUAGAUAAGCUUUUCAGCAGAGUUGGUUCCGCGGAUGAUCUAUACAAUGAGAUGAGUACAUUCAUGGUUGAAAUGAUAGAGACAUCAUUUAUUCUUCAAGGCGCUACCACACGAUCACUGGCCAUUCUUGAUGAGAUUGGACGUGGAACCAGUGGCAAAGAAGGCAUUAGCAUUGCAUAUGCAACACUAAAAUACCUGUUAGAAAACAACCAAUGUAGAACUCUCUUUGCUACACAUUUUGGUCAGGAACUGAAGCAUAUCAUUGACAGUAAAUGCACAAAAAGUUUACGUGAAAAGAUUAAAUUUUAUCAAAGUGGCAUUACAGAUUUAGGAGGCGAAAAUUUCUGUUACGAUCACAAGUUAAAGCCAGGCAUUUGCAUGAAAUCAGAUGCCAUUAGAGUGGCAGAGUUGGCCGGGUUUCCGACCGAAGCAUUACGAGAAGCUCGAGAAAUAUUAGGUUAA